AUGCAUCUAUUCACCCUCGUCUCCCUCGCUGCAACUGCUCUCACCGCCUCCGCCAACCCUGCUCUCUUCCCACCACUACUCCCUUCGUUCUUUCCUGCCGGACCUACAGUGGGCUCCAUCGUUUCCACUGCCCUUGCCGCGGCUCCGAUCCCCUCAGCAGUCGCCCCCGUCGUCGCUUCCGCCGUUGCAGCUGUCCCAGCUACCCCCAACAAUGCCAGUGCUGACUCGAUCCCCGGCCUCGACAUCCCGCCCACUGAGCUCUUUGACAACAUCUUGGCCGCCAUCGCCAUCCUCGAUGUUGUCUUGACUCUGCUCAACUCGUCCGGGUUGGCGGAUACCCAAAGUGUAAAGAUUCGCGAUCUUGAUCUUCCGACUUCGGGAUUGACGGGUUUGCUGGAGGUUGGGGGGAGUCUGGGGUAUACCAUCACGACUGUGACGGAUUUGGCCAUUCCUCUUCUUAGCACUAGCGUUGACUAG